AUGGAAUCAGGGAAUAACACCAUUUUGGAAUUUCUUCUCAUGGGAUUAUCGGAGGAACCGGAGCUGCAGCCCCUCAUCUUUGGGCUCUUCCUGUCCAUGUACCUGAUCACCGUGCUGGGGAACCUGCUCAACAUCCUGGCCGUCGGCUCAGACCCCCACCUCCACACACCCAUGUACUUCUUCCUGUCCAACCUGUCCUUUGUGGACAUCUGCUUCACCUCCAUCACUGUCCCCAAGAUGCUGUACAACAUCCAAACACACAGCAAGGCCAUCACCUAUGCAGGCUGCCUUGCCCAGAUGUAUUUUUUCAUUUCCCUUUUAACACUGGAUAACUGUUUUCUCAUUUUAAUGGGCUAUGACCGCUAUGUGGCCAUCUGCCACCCCCUGCACUACACGGUCAUCAUGAACCCUCGACUCUGUAGGAUCUCGGUCCUUGUCUCCUGGAUCAUGAGUUUCCUGUAUUCCUUAUUACAAACCCUCAUGGUGUGGCGACUUUCCUUCUGUCCGGAUUUGGAAAUCCCCCACUUUUUCUGCGAACUCAGCCAGUUGAUCCAACUGGCCUAUUCUGACACUUUCCUUAAUGACAUUGUGAUCUAUUUUGGAGCUGGGUUGUUGGGCGGUGGUUCCUUUGCUGGGAUCCUUUACUCUUACUCUAAGAUCGUUUCCUCGAUCCGCAAAAUCUCCUCAGCUCAGGGCAAGUAUAAAGCGUUUUCUACCUGUGCGUCUCACCUCUCUGUGGUCUGCUUAUUUUAUUGUACUGGGAUGGGCAUGUACCUGAGCUUAUCUGGUAACCAGAACUCACACUCCAGUGCCACUGCCUCUGUGAUGUAUAUGGUGGCCGCCCCCAUGCUGAACCCCUUUAUCUACAGCCUCAGGAACAAAGACAUCAAGAGGGCUCUGAGAAAGUUCUUUGUGGUGGCUACUCCAUAG